AUGGUCGAGCUCCGUAAGCGCAAAGAAGCUCCCCCGGCGCCUGUGCGCCCAGCCAAAAAGGCAGCUCCUGCAAAGGGCAAGAAAGCCCCAAGCGAAAAGACAGUCGUCGAAAAGGUCCAAGAAACCGUUGCUGACACGGUUGAGACUGUAAAGGAAGCGGUGACCAGUGCGACCAACGGCAAGGACAAGAAAAAGGAGCACGAGACUGGACCCCUGAAGGUUGGCGACAGCAUUGAUAUCGCGACAUUUGGUGGUGAAGUCGAGACCAACGAUGGGAAGAAGACGACCCUUGCGGCUCUUCUGGAGGAGAGCAAGAGCGGUGUAGUGCUGUUCACCUAUCCCAAGGCUUCUACUCCUGGCUGCACCACCCAAGUCUGCCUCUUCCGGGACUCAUACGGCCCCAUCACCGCAACCGGCUACUCCAUCUACGGCCUCUCAAACGACAGCCCCAAGGCAAACACCACCUUCAAGACCAAACAAAAGCUACCCUACACUCUACUGUGUGACCCAGCACAGUCGCUAAUCUCGGCCAUUGGCUUGAAGAAGGGAGCCAAGGGCACUACCCGCGGUGUCUUUGUCGUGGACAAGAAGGGCAAGGUGCUUGCUGCCGAGCCAGGUGGGCCGGCCAAGACGUUGGAGAUUGUGAGGAAGACGAUUGGUGAAGGUGCGAGUGGAGCAGAUGCAGAAGACGUGGAGGCCGCGGAGACGGCAGCUGAGGUUGCUGAUACUGCGGCCGAGGUUGAUGGGAAGUAG